AAUUCUAGUGCGAUGCACUGUAAAAGCACUACGGCUGGCGGUCGGCAAUGAGUAAACCCAAAUAAAACCUGAGUAAUCAAUUGAGUGCUACCAGAAUAGCGUCACGAGUGCGGAACUACCCGCCGCGCAAUCUUAUCUCAUACCGCGCGCCGAGAUUACAGCGCGCACAACGCUAUCUCCUCGGCGUUCGAGCAGCGAGCGCACUCAGCGCUCAAAUGCCGCCAGUGAUGCCCGCAAGAUGAAAACCUCAACAAGGCUAACAGUUUAACAUCUAUCCAAAGAACAACUCCACCAUGGGUAACGAAACCAGUUGCUGUUCGUACUCCAGUCCACAGCCGACGCAUCGCGUUCCACACCCAGUGGACGAGUCGAUCCCUGAGGAUGUCUCCACCAACAAUCUGCAGCACAUCAGUGAACGUGAAGGAGACGAUGGUGAGUCCGACCCAUCGCAGGAUCCAAUGGUAAAGACUCUGUUUUUGGAGAGGUCUAAAGUUGAGCUGGAGAAUGGAAUCAUCAGACGUAAGGGUGGACCUGGUGAUCAUGGCACCAUUGACAGACCUUUGAAGAAGAGCAGCUCAUGCUCAACUAUCUAUCUUGAUGAUAGCACUGUGUCCCAGCCGAAUCUAAAAAACACGGUGAAGUGUGUUGCAUUAGCUAUUUAUUUCCACAUAAAGAACAGAGUUUCAGAGAGACAAAUUGAUAUCUUUGAUGAGAGACUGCACCCAUUGACAAGAGAAGUUGUGAGUGAAGACUAUGACAAGCAUAAUCCAGAGCAUAGACACAUUUAUAAAUUCGUGAGGACACUGUUUAAUGCAGCCCAGUUGACUGCAGAAUGUGCUAUCAUCACUUUAGUGUAUCUAGAGAGACUUUUAACUUACGCUGAACUUGAUAUAGCUCCAUCAAAUUGGAAAAGAAUCGUAUUAGCUGCCAUAUUGUUAGCCUCCAAGGUAUGGGACGACCAGGCGGUGUGGAACGUGGACUAUUGCCAGAUUCUCAAGGACAUCACCGUGGAGGAUAUGAAUGAACUCGAGCGGCAGUUGGAAUUGCUGCAGUUCAACAUCAAUGUGCCGUCCAGCGUGUAUGCCAAGUACUACUUUGAUCUGCGAACGCUGGCGAAGGCCAACGAUUUGUCCUUCCCGAGCGAACCUCUCAGCAACGACCGUGCGCAGAAGCUGGAGGCAAUGUCGCGCGUCAUGGAGGAUAAGUACACGGCCGAGGCACUCAAGAACGGCUUCAAGAAGUGGUCCAGCCUGGACAACAUCAAUAUGAACGGCAACGGUGUCCGGCGGAGUGUCGCCAUUCUCUCGUGAUUUAUGUCAUAAGGGAAGUUUAUAUUAAACACUAAAGAACUAUCAAUUAAUUGUAACUCUAAGGGAUGUGAGAAUGAUCUUGAUGAAGAAUGAAAACCAAAGUGUGUCUAGUGAACGUUUCGCGCAAACGAACAUGAGGUGUCGACAGCGGUCGAUUUUUAUAUUACUAUGUCAUUUUAUUAUCCUGCUAUGAGGAUAUAACACAAUAACGCAUUUGUGCACUUUAGAUUUAUAUUUAUGAAGCGGCGGCGACGAAGAUGGUUGGGCGGACAAUGGUGAUAGAGAAAACAGAUAUGGCCAAAAUAUAAAUUAAACAAAUUCACGUAGAAAUUAUAACAUUAUUUGGUGUCACAAUGUUUAUGUUUUGUCGGAGACGUUGAAAGCGAAAAUAUUUUGCCAACAAAAAUAUUAAAUACAAAAAGUAUAAUUUCGUCUUCCAUCACCGUAUUAUUCACAACAUGUAUUAAUUUUUAACGCCUAUAUAAUUUAUACUUAGUCAUGUUUUUCACUUUUGUAGAUGUAAAACGUUUCAAGAGAUGACGACAAGUUGUAAGAUCUGUGGAUGCAUUUUGAAACGUCGCGAUGUGUAUUUAUAUUUUUAUAACGAAAGCAUAUUGAAUUUAACUUUAAUUCAAACGAUAUAGGCGUAGAUAGAGAUGUUGAAAACAUUGCAAACUUCCUACCAAUGAUUGAUAAUGAGAUCGAGCGUAAUCACGUCCUUUGAAAAAAUCUCUUCUUCAGAUAUUCUUACUUAGAAAUUUUUAACUUCACAUUGAAUAUUUAUAAAGGUCGAGGACUGAUUUUAUUUAAUACCUAAACCAAACAAGUGCAAGUCCAACGAUUAACGUUUAGCGGACAAUCCUGCAAUAGGCCUAUUUUCGAUUUUUAUACCAGCUUUUCAUUAGAAACGAUUAUAAAUAAACGAAAUAAAGAAAAUUCAACACAAA